ACUUCAGAAGAGCGCGUCGGUCUCUAAGGACGGACACAGUCAAACCGCGAGAAGCGGAUGGGAGUGCACAUGGGACUGGUGUGAAUGUCGCCUCCGUUCAGCAUGGAUUACCCAAAGGGCAUGGCUCCCCCGGUACCUCCGCACAAACCCCAACCUACACGCACGGGACAAGCGCACGAGAGGCUGCUUAAGUGCGUGCUCCUUGGUGACGGAGCGGUGGGGAAAACGAGCCUUGUGGUCAGCUACACCACCAAUGGAUAUCCGACCAAAUAUGUCCCCACUGCGUUUGAUGACUUCUCUGCUGUUGUUCAAGUGGAUGGACACCCAGUCAGGCUACAGCUAUGUGACACUGCUGGACAGGAUGAAUUCGACAAACUGCGUCACUUCUGCUAUAGCCGGACAGAUGCCUUGCUCCUGUGCUUCAGUGUGGUUAGCCCCGCCUCCUUUCAGAACGUCUGGGAAAAGUGGGUGCCCGAGAUACGGCGCCGAUGCCCCCUGACGCCUAUCCUCCUAGUGGGCACCCAGUGUGAUCUGCGACAGGAUGUGAAGGUGCUGAUCGAGCUGUCUCGCAGGAGGGAGAGGCCUGUGGAGGAGGAGGAUGCCCGGGCGCUGGCGGACAAAAUCGGAGCGGUGACGUACGUGGAGUGCUCUGCUCUCACACAAAAGAAUCUGAAGGAGGUGUUUGAUGCAGCCAUCGCGGUGGGAUUACGACAAUCUGACAGGAGGGCGAGGAGGGAGAGGAAAGUGCGUAGUACGGCUGAUAAGAUGAAGAUGCUUUCAAAAUCGUGGUGGAAGAAAUAUGUAUGUGUCCAGUGACAGAAGGGUUGACCACUUGGACUGUCCCUUAACUGGAUAUGUUAGUUUCUUUGUAUUUGGAGGACUCAGGAGGACUUGCCUUAAAACUUAAAUGGAGUAUGACCUCAAAAUGGCAGGGCCUUGGAACAGCUGAACAAAGUUGUGUCAAGCGUAAAGCUGUGACCAUCAACAGCUCCCUUCAGCCAACAUGAACUGUGAAAUUUAUUUGCAUUCAUCUAACAUUGAAUGAACCUCUCUGGCACAAGGACUGCAUAUUGUAGUGGACUUAUCCAAAGAAAAUGUGAGCAAGCUCAUCACAUAGUCAUUUGCUUCUGUGUACCAAAACAUUUUGUCUGAUUUCAGCAAAAGUAAUUAAUGUCACAGUUUAGUUUGUUAUAAGCCCUUUAGGUUUAAAAUCUAAGCUUCUCCUGCACUUUUGCUUGUAUUUUCAGUAAUUAAGUAUUUAGAUCACAAAUCUAUCGAUGUUUCUACCAAAGCAUGUGCCAUAUUUAUACAUGGUAGCAAUAAUACCACUCUAGGCAUAUCUUUAGAUUCUGCUGUACUCUUACCACUAAAAGCUUUUUGAUAACUUUGAUCUAUUAAGGCCUAAUGUUACUAAUAUUCAAGCAAUAAUUGAGCUGAAGUGUGUAGUAGUUCGCACUUACCAAAGAGUCUCGCACAGACCAUCUCAGUCAUGCCAUGCUAGUACCUUUGUUACUCCCAGUGGAGUAUGUUCCUAUGUAUGAUUCAGAGAAGCUGCUGAAAUGCAUGCCUGCUGCAACAAACCAUACUUUGGCUGAUCACAGGGUCUAUCUUUGCCUAAAAGUGUAAUUAUGCAUUUCUUUGUUGGUCUGUCCUCGUCUGAAAUGACACAUCAUCAAAAGAGGCCGACUCUUUGUUUGCUUCUUAUUUUUCAGAAGCCUUUAAUUCAGCUCUGUUUAUUUAUCCAGAUUUUGAGGGCCAAAAAGUGAUCAACAGCAGUACAGAGCUGGAGUGUCACUUUGUUAUGUAUGUUACAUAGUAAUAAUCACAUAUGUGUUUAUAAUGUUGUUAUAAGUCAGUCAAUGGCUGUACUAAUUGGUACUUAACUGCGUGUGAGUGUUUGAGCUGUUUGACUUGUAUGAAUGGAACAAUAAAUAAAAUAUAAAGUAUUUAA